CCUCGGCAGGUGGCGUUACUGCUGUCAGGGUCCAGCCGGCCGGCGGCGGCUCAGCUCUCUCCCGGGGCCUGUGUUCGGGCCUGGCCGCUGCUGUCAGACAUGGCCGCUAAGAAGGCCGGAUCCCGGCUGGAGGUGGAGAUCGAGCGCUGCCGCUCCGAGUGCCAGUGGGACCGGAUCCACGACCUCGUCAAGCAGCUCUCCGCCAAGCUCAUCUCUAACGAUGACAUGGCCGAGCUCCUCCUUGGAGAAGCUAAGCUUGAGCAGUACCUGAAGGAUAACCCCCUAAAGCAGGGCGCCAGCCCCCGAGCACCGCGGCCAAAGCUGACGGACGUCCGAAAGCACCUGACUGCGGCUUUGGACAGAGGAAACCUGAAGUCGGACUUGAUGCAAGAAGCCAACAUGAUAAUGGCUAAGCUGGACUAUGUGGAGGGCGAUUACAGGGACGCUCUGGGCAUGUUCUCUCGGGUGGGACUGGAUGACAUUCCGCUGGUGGCGUCCCCUCCUUACAAGCUGCGCAUGAUCGCCGAAGCCUUUGCAACCAAAGGUCUAUGUCUGGAAAAGCUGCCAAGUUCCUCCUCCACCAACAGCCUUCAUGUGGACCGGGACCAGGAGAUCAUCACGUGCUACGAGAAGGCCGGAGACAUCGCCCUGCUGUACCUGCAGGAGGUGGAGCGGGUGCAAACUGCAAAUAUUCAAAACCGGAGUCCAAAGCCAGGCCCAGCAGCACCGGACCAGGAGAUGAGCUUCUUCCUGGAGACCGGGCUGCAGCGUGCGCAUGUCCUCUACUUCAAGAACGGGAACUUGACCCGAGGAGUAGGCCGAUUCCGGGAGAUCCUGAGAGCUGUAGAGACCCGCACCACCCAGAACCUGCGGAUGACCAUCGCCCGGCAGCUGGCUGAGAUUCUGCUCCGCGGGAUGUGCGAGCAAAGUUACUGGAACCCCCUGGAAGAUCCCCCCAACCAUUCGCCCUUGAAUGAUCUGCUCCGACAAGGUGUCAGCACGAAAAGCUAUGCAUUAAGCCGGAGGCCGAGGGUCUACUCCGGAGAGAACAUUUUCUGUCCGCAAGAGAACACAGAAGAAGCGCUGCUGCUGCUGCUGAUCAGCGAGUCCAUGGCCAACAGGGAUGCCGUGCUCAGCCGGAUCCCGGAACACAAAAACGACCGGAUUAUCAGCCUGCAGAGCGCCUCGGUGGUGUACGACCUGCUGACCAUAGCAUUGGGGCGGAGGGGACAGUAUGAAAUGCUCUCAGAGUGCCUGGAAAGAGCUAUGAAGUUUGCCUUUGAAGAGUUCCACCUCUGGUACCAGUUUGCCCUCUCCCUUAUGGCUGCAGGGAAGUCUGCCAGAGCCGUGAAAGUUUUAAAAGAAUGUAUCCGCCUCAAGCCUGAGGACGCCACAAUCCCCCUCCUCGCUGCCAAGCUGUGCAUGGGCUCUCUGCACUGGAUGGAAGAAGCGGAAAGAUUUGCCAAAAUGGUGGUCGAUUGUGCAGAUAAAAGCUCUGAAUUCAAAGCCAAAGGUUACCUAGCGCUGGGACUGGCAUACAGCUUACAGGCCUCUGAUGCGUCGCUGCGUGGCGUGCAGGAAGAUUUGCAGAGGAAAGCUCUACUGGCCUUUCAGAGGGCUCACAGCCUGUCACCUACCGACCAUCAAGCCGCCUUUUACUUGGCCCUGCAGCUGUCGAUCUCCCGACAGAUCCCAGAAGCUCUGGGUUAUGUUCGCCAAGCUCUCCAGCUCCAGGGUGACGACUCCAACUCCCUCCACUUGUUGGCGCUGCUGCUCUCCGCUCAGAAACACUACCACGAUGCGCUAAAUAUCAUAGAUAUGGCGCUGAGCGAGUACCCCGAGAACUUCAUAUUGUUAUUUACCAAGGCGAAGCUGGAGUACCUGUGCCGGGGGCCGGAUGAGGCGCUCCUGUCCUGUAAGCAUAUGCUGCAGAUCUGGAAAUCCUGCUACAACCUCACUAAUCCCAGUGACUCCGGACGUGGCAGUAGUUUACUGGACAGAGCCAUCGCCGACCGGCGGCAGCUUAACACCAUCACCCUUCCGGACUUCAGUGACCCAGAGACAGCCUCUGACUCCUCUUCCCUUUCGAGACCAGACUCUCCUCUCCACCUGUUUGUCACCUCUCAUCUUCCUCAUUCUCCUUCCAAAAACGACCCUAUAACCAAGGCCCCUGCAAGCGCUGAGCUCACCUCCGGGCCCGAACCUCCUCUCUGUUCUGUCCAUGCCACGUCCAUUGCGGCGUCGCGCGUCGAGCAGGCGCUUUCAGAAAUGGCCUCUUCUUUGCAGAGCAGCACCCCAAAGCAAGGCCCGCUACACCCAUGGAUGACCCUGGCACAGAUCUGGCUUCACGCAGCGGAGGUAUACAUCGGGAUAGGGAAACCGUCAGAAGCCACAGCCUGUAUCCAGGAGGCAGCCAACCUGUUCCCCAUGUCACACAAUGUGCUGUAUAUGAGAGGUCAGGUGUCCGAGCUGAGAGGGAACAUUGACGAUGCCAAGAGGUGGUAUGAAGAGGCGCUGUCCAUCAGCCCCACUCAUGUGAAAAGCAUGCAGAGACUGAGUUUGAUCCUCCAUCAUCACGGCCGCUACAGCCUGGCGGAGAAAAUCCUGCGGGACGCUGUGCAGGUGAGCUCCACGGCUCACGAAGUGUGGAAUAGCCUGGGGGAAGUGCUGCAGGCGCAGGGGAACGAUGACGCCGCCACCGAGUGCUUCCUGACCGCCCUGGAGCUGGAGGCGAGCAGUCCGAUUGUGCCGUUCACCAUCAUCCCCAGGGUCCUGUGAUGAGGAGUCUGGAGGGGAAGGGGGCAGCGGGGGGGGGGGCGAGACCUUCCCACCUCACACGCCAGUCAUGCUUCAGCGUCACAAUCGUAACCGCACCGACGAUCGCCGCACUCACAACCGGCUGCUCGUGUUGUCCGCAUGAAGCCUGUGUCGUGUCUUGUAUGUUAGCACAGAGUUAUCCUUCAGGAAAAAUGAAGACGUUUCACCGCGCUGCAGCCUUUAAAGGCUAUCCAAAUACAGACUGUAUGCAGACAUUGGCGGUUGUACGGAGCUCCGUAUUUUAUGACUGAGCGUGCCGUUUACCUCCCCAAGUUCCGUUUUUAAUUUUCUAUAGAAAGGGGCGUGGCCAGGCGGUAGUCAUAUUUCAUAGUUUGACUCCGCCCAUAACACGCCAACAAAUUGCAUAGAUCGGAGCCGCCAUACGCGUGUCACUCUAAUUCAGGCAGCGUAAGAACGCUAAUAUUUGGUGUCAGUUACAAUAACGGACACUAAAAAUGCGUAUACGCCAUGCUAUUUUUGUGCAUCUAUUUCGAUAAAUGUGGCUGCCGCAGUCCUGGGCCGCUCGGACUGAACCGGUCAGACACUCUGUAUGAUUUCACUCGGUUACUUGUGAACGUGUCAUGGCGGCCUGUCGCCAUUGACACAUGGCUCCCAAUGAACGCUGUAAUAUUUGGGCCUGAUCUAUAUAUUUCCAGAUUGUAAUGUACAGCGCCAGAGCCGGACAUUAUACAACGUCACACGAUAAUCGGUAGAUUCACGAAAAUGUCACAGGCAUGCCCGCCCUCGUAUAUGACAGCAUGGCGUCCGGUCAUGUCGUAGCAUGCGUAUUGACUCCUAUCAUUUUGGAAACAAUCGUAAGAGUCUCGUCUGUGAGGGUAAAAAAAAAAAAGGGGGGCGGGGCUGGUUGCCUGUAGCAACGAGUCA